AUGGGGUCAGGCCAGGGACGUAUACAAGGGGUCAGGCCAGGGACGUAUACAUGGGGUCAGGCCAGGGACGUAUACAUAGGGUCAGGCCAGGGACGUAUACACGGGGUCAGGCCAGGGACGUAUACAUGGGGUCAGGCCAGUGACGUAUACAUGGGGUCAGGCCAGAGACGUAAACAUGGGUCAGGCCAGGGACUUAUACGGGGGUCAGGCCAGGGACGUAUACAUGGGUCAGGCCAGGGACGUAUACAUGGGGUCAGGCCAGUGACGUAUACAUGGGGUCAGGCCAGAGACGUAAACAUGGGUCAGGCCAGGGACGUAUACGGGGGUCAGGCCAGGGACGUAUACAUGGGUCAGGCCAGGGACUUAUACGGGGGUCAGGCCAGGGACGUAUACAUGGGGUCAGGCCAGGGACUUAUACGGGGGUCAGGCCAGGGAGAUAUACAUGGGGUCAGGCCAGGAACGUAUACGGGGGUCAGGCCAGGGAGAUAUACAUGGGGUCAGGCCAGGGACUUAUACGGGGGUCAGGCCAGGGAGAUAUACAUGGGGUCAGGCCAGGAACGUAUACGGGGGUCAGGCCAGGGAGAUAUACAUGGGGUCAGGCCAGGAACGUAUACGGGGGUCAGGCCAGGGAGAUAUACAUGGGGUCAGGCCAGGAACGUAUACAUGGGGUCAGGCCAGGAACGUAUACAAGGAAUCUCCCGAACAAGCAGUGGUCACUCUCAUGGUGAGCUCAAGGUAUCAGUAAUGUCCCUUGAUGUCUCCCAUCAGAAAGCGCAGUCGAAAUUCACUAAACUCUAA